GGCACCCACUUGACGGCCGGCGGCGCCCGCGGCCCUCAGCAUGUUCCGCGAGGCGAGGGUUGUCCUCCCGCCCGUGGGCUGAGGCGGCGGCGGCCACCCCGGCGAGAUGCACCUGCGGGGCGCAGCUUAGAGGACGCGGCGGGCGGGAAGUGCCGGCCGCCCGCGGGAGGGCGUUCUUCGCGGGGCCGCUGCCUCCCGGGGCCGCCGCGGGCCCGAACCGGCGCGGCGGGGUGGGCGCCGCGACAUGGCGGCCCGGAGCGCCCCGAGUUGCCACCUGCGGCUCGAGUGGGUGUACGGCUACCGGGGCCACCAGUGCCGCAACAACCUCUACUACACGGCGGCCAAGGAGAUCGUGUACUUCGUGGCGGGGGUCGGCGUGGUGUACAGCCCGCGGGAGCACCGGCAGAAGUUCUACCGGGGCCACAGCGACGACAUCAUCAGUCUUGCAUUGCAUCCUGAACGAGUAUUGGUAGCAACAGGACAAGUUGGGAAAGAGCCUUAUAUCUGUGUUUGGGAUUCAUACACUGUGCAGACCAUAUCAGUUCUAAAGGAUGUUCAUACACAUGGUAUAGCUUGCUUAGCAUUUGACUUAGAUGGACAGCGCCUGGUUUCAGUUGGACUGGAUUCAAAGAAUGCAGUUUGUGUUUGGGACUGGAAAAGGGGAAAAAUGUUGUCUAUGGCUCCCGGUCACACAGAUAGAAUAUUUGAUAUUUCUUGGGAUUUGUACCAGCCAAAUAAACUUGUCAGCUGUGGUGUAAAACAUAUCAAGUUCUGGAGUUUAUGUGGAAAUGCUCUGACCCCCAAAAGAGGUGUGUUUGGUAAAACGGGUGACCUUCAGACAAUAUUGUGCCUAGCCUGUGCUCGGGAUGAAUUAACAUAUUCUGGUGCACUCAAUGGGGAUAUAUAUGUGUGGAAAGGAAUCAAUCUUAUACGAACAAUACAAGGAGCCCAUACUGCAGGAAUUUUUAGCAUGAAUGCUUGUGAAGAAGGGUUUGCUACUGGUGGAAGAGAUGGCUGUAUUCGUCUUUGGGAUUUAACUUUUAAACCAAUUACUGUGAUUGAUCUCAGGGAAACAGACCAGGGAUACAAAGGUUUGUCUGUGAGGAGUGUUUGUUGGCGAGGUGACCACAUUUUAGUUGGAACACAAGACAGUGAAAUUUUUGAAAUUGUGGUGCAUGAAAGAAACAAACCUUUCCUAAUUAUGCAAGGGCAUUGUGAAGGUGAACUUUGGGCGCUCGCUGUUCAUCCUACUAAACCUUUGGCCGUGACUGGAAGUGAUGAUCGUUCAGUCAGGAUUUGGAGCCUAGUAGAUCAUGCAUUAAUAGCAAGAUGUAAUAUGGAGGAACCAAUUCGUUGUGCAGCUGUAAACGUAGAUGGAAUCCAUCUUGCCCUUGGAAUGAAGGAUGGCUCAUUUACUGUUCUUAGAGUAAGAGAUAUGACGGAAGUUGUACAUAUUAAAGAUAGGAAGGAAGCAAUUCAUGAGUUAAAAUAUUCACCAGAUGGAACUUACCUUGCUGUUGGCUGCAAUGACAGCUCAAUUGAUAUUUAUGGAGUUGCUCAGCGUUAUAAAAAAGUUGGUGAAUGUGUUGGAUCACUUAGUUUCAUCACUCAUCUGGACUGGUCCUCAGAUAGUAGAUAUUUACAGACAAAUGAUGGAAAUGGGAAAAGACUUUUUUAUAGGAUGCCAGGGGGAAAAGAAGUGACAAGUAAAGAAGAACUCAAAGGUGUUCAUUGGGCUUCAUGGACAUGUGUUUCAGGCCUUGAAGUAAAUGGAAUUUGGCCCAAAUAUUCAGAUACCAAUGAUAUAAAUUCAGUAGAUGGAAAUUAUAUUGGCCAAGUUUUAGUUACAGCUGAUGACUAUGGAAUUAUAAAAUUAUUCCGAUAUCCAUGUUUAAGAAAAGGGGCCAAGUUUAAAAAAUACAUUGGCCAUUCAGCUCAUGUAACUAAUGUCAGAUGGUCACAUGAUUAUCAGUGGGUUAUUUCUAUUGGUGGAGCAGAUCACUCUGUCUUUCAGUGGAAAUUUAUUCCUGAAAGAAAACUAAAAGAUGCUCUUCACAUAGCACCCCAAGAAAGUCUGGCUGACUCUAACAGUGAUGAAUCAGAUUCAGACCUGUCUGAUGUUCCAGAACUGGAUUCUGAAAUUGAACAAGAGACACAGCUCACCUAUCGUCGGCAGGUUUACAAAGAAGAUCUACCUCAGCUUAAAGAACAAUGCAAAGAGAAACAAAAAAGUGCUACUUCUAAAAGAAGAGAACAGGCUCCAGGAAAUAGUAUCCGAUUACACUUUGUUCAUGGUUACAGAGGUUACGACUGUCGAAGUAAUCUGUUUUAUACUCAAAUUGGUGAAAUUGUGUACCAUGUGGCAGCAGUGGGUGUCAUUUACAAUAGACAACAGAACACACAGCGUUUUUACUUGGGUCAUGAUGAUGAUAUUCUUUGUCUGGCUAUUCAUCCUUUGAAAGACUAUGUGGCUACAGGCCAGGUGGGUAGGGAUCCCUCAAUUCACAUAUGGGAUACAGAGACUAUUAAACCAUUGUCAAUAUUAAAGGGCUACCACCAAUAUGGUGUCUGUGCUGUUGAUUUCUCAGCGGAUGGGAAACGUUUGGCUUCAGUUGGAAUAGAUGAUAGCCACACCAUUGUACUGUGGGACUGGAAGAAAGGAGAGAAACUUUCAAUGGCAAGAGGAAGUAAAGAUAAGAUUUUUGUUGUUAAGAUGAACCCCUACAUGCCUGAUAAACUGAUUACAGCUGGAAUUAAACACAUGAAAUUUUGGCGUAGAGCAGGGGGAGGAUUGAUUGGAAGAAAAGGCUACAUAGGCACAUUGGGGAAAAAUGACACAAUGAUGUGUGCAGUGUAUGGAUGGACUGAAGAGAUGGCUUUUUCUGGAACAUCCACAGGAGAUGUGUGUAUCUGGAGAGAUGUCUUCCUUGUAAAAACAGUUAAAGCACAUGAUGGGCCUGUGUUCAGUAUGCAUGCACUGGAAAAAGGAUUUGUAACUGGAGGAAAAGAUGGUAUAGUAGCUCUUUGGGAUGACUCCUUUGAAAGAUGUCUCAAGACCUAUGCUAUAAAAAGAGCUGCUUUGGCCCCAGGAUCCAAAGGUCUUCUCUUGGAAGAUAACCCAUCUAUACGUGCCAUAUCAUUAGGUCAUGGUCAUAUUUUAGUUGGCACAAAGAAUGGUGAAAUAUUAGAAGUGGAUAAAAGUGGCCCAGUGACACUUCUGGUCCAGGGACACAUGGAAGGAGAGGUAUGGGGUUUGGCUACACAUCCUUAUCUGCCGAUCUGUGCUACUGUAAGUGAUGAUAAAACCUUAAGAAUAUGGGAUCUCUCUCCUAGUCAUUGUAUGUUGGCUGUCCGGAAACUGAAAAAGGGUGGAAGAUGUUGCUGUUUUUCUCCUGAUGGAAAAGCUUUAGCUGUAGGUCUCAAUGAUGGAAGUUUCUUAAUGGCAAAUGCAGAUACUCUAGAGGAUCUUGUGUCUUUUCACCACAGAAAAGAUAUUAUUUCAGACAUUAGAUUUUCACCUGGAUCUGGGAAAUAUCUAGCUGUGGCAUCCCAUGACAGCUUUAUAGAUAUAUAUAAUGUAAUGAGUAGUAAACGAGUGGGAAUAUGCAAAGGAGCUACAAGUUGCAUAACCCAUAUUGAUUGGGAUAUUAGAGGAAAGCUUUUACAGGUCAACACUGGUGCUAAAGAACAGUUAUUCUUUGAAGCUCCCAGAGGGAAAAAACAAACCAUCCCCAAUGUGGAGGUAGAAAAAAUUAGUUGGGCAUCAUGGACAAGUGUGCUUGGUCUAUGCUGUGAGGGAAUUUGGCCAGUAAUUGGAGAAGUCACAGAUGUAACUGCCUCUUGCCUCACCAGUGACAGAAUGGUCCUAGCUACAGGCGAUGAUUUGGGAUUUGUGAAGUUAUUUAAAUAUCCUGCUAAAGGAAAAUUUGGAAAAUUUAAGAGGUAUGUGGCCCAUAGCACACAUGUCACAAAUGUUCGUUGGACUUAUGAUGACAGCAUGUUGGUGACCCUAGGAGGUGCGGAUAUGUCUUUAAUGGUAUGGACAAAUGAGAUGGAAAGUUAUCGAGAAAGAAGGCCUUGUGAUAGUGAGGAAUCUGAUGUAGAUUCCGAAGAAGGUGGAGGCUAUGAUAGUGAUGUUACAAGGGAGAAUGAAAUUACUUAUACCGUCAGAGCCUUAUCAACAAAUAUUCGCCCAAUGUUUGGAACCAAGCCUCAUUUGCAACAGAAAGAACCUUCAGCUGAUGAGAGGCAGGGUAUAGUAAGAGGUUCCAGGCCCCCAGUGAGCAGGGCCCCUCCACAGCCAGAGAAACUUCAGACAAAUAAUGUUGGCAAGAAGAAAAGACCCAUAGAGGACCUCGUGUUGGAGCUUGUAUUUGGUUAUCGAGGCAGAGACUGCAGGAAUAAUGUACAUUAUUUAAAUGAUGGUGAUGAUAUAAUUUAUCACACUGCAUCAGUUGGAAUUCUGCACAAUGUUGCUACAGGGAUUCAAAGUUUUUAUCAGGAACAUAAUGAUGAUAUUCUGUGCCUCACUGUAAAUCAGCACCCCAAAUUUAUCAACAUAGUGGCAACUGGCCAAGUAGGUGAUUCAGCAGAUAUGUCAGCCACAGCCCCUUCUAUCCACAUCUGGGAUGCAGUGAGCAAGCAGACUUUAUCUAUACUAAGAUGCUACCAUUCAAAGGGAGUAUGUUCGGUCAGCUUCAGUGCUACUGGCAAACUCUUGCUGUCUGUGGGACUAGACCCAGAACAUACCAUUACCAUUUGGAGAUGGCAGGAAGGUGCCAAGAUUGCCAGCAGAGUGGGGCACAACCAACGUAUUUUUGUAGCAGAAUUCCGACCAGAUUCAGAUACCCAGUUUGUCUCUGUGGGAGUAAAACACGUGAAGUUCUGGACCCUGGCAGGAAGGGCUCUUCUUAGCAAAAAAGGGCUGCUGAACACACUGGAAGAUGCCCGGAUGCAGACCAUGCUUGCUGUUGCAUUUGGUGCAAAUAACUUGACGUUUACAGGUACCAUCAGUGGUGAUGUCUGUGUGUGGAAAGAUCACGUAUUGUGUAGAGUUGUGGCCAGAGCUCACAACGGGCCCGUGUUUGCCAUGUAUACCACCCUGCGAGAUGGACUUAUUGUGACUGGUGGCAAAGAAAGGCCGUCAAAAGAAGGAGGAGCAGUUAAACUGUGGGAUCAGGAACUGAGACGAUGCCGGGCCUUCAGGCUUGAGACAGGACAAGCCACAGACUGUGUUCGUUCCGUGUGCAGAGGCAAAGGCAAGAUACUAGUUGGGACAAGGAAUGCUGAAAUAAUUGAAGUUGGAGAGAAAAAUGCAGCAUGUAAUAUUUUGGUUAGCGGACAUGUGGAUGGACCGAUCUGGGGCCUAGCAACACAUCCUUCCAGGGAUUUUUUCCUUUCUGCUGCAGAGGAUGGGACAGUGAGACUCUGGGAUAUUGCUGAUAAAAAGAUGUUAAACAAAGUGAAUUUGGGACAUGCUGCUCGUACUGUGUGUUAUAGCCCUGAAGGGGACAUGGUGGCUAUUGGAAUGAAAAAUGGAGAAUUUAUUAUUUUACUUGUGAGCUCUCUAAAAAUAUGGGGAAAGAAGAGAGACAGACGAUGUGCAAUCCAUGAUAUCAGGUUUAGUCCAGAUUCCCGAUAUCUGGCAGUUGGUUCUAGUGAGAACUCAGUGGAUUUUUAUGACCUAACAUUGGGCCCCACCCUUAACAGAAUCAGCUAUUGCAAAGACAUCCCAAGCUUUGUCAUUCAAAUGGACUUCUCUGCAGAUAGCAGAUAUCUCCAGGUCUCUAGUGGUUGCUAUAAACGGCUUGUCUAUGAAGUGCCUUCAGGAAAACAUCUUCUGGAUCAUGCUGCCAUUGACAGAAUUACUUGGGCUACAUGGACUAGUAUUCUAGGAAAUGAAGUUAUGGGAAUCUGGUCCAGGCAUGCCGAGAAAGCCGAUGUCAACUGUGCCUGUGUAUCUCAUUCAGGAAUCAGUCUUGUAACAGGAGAUGACUUUGGCAUGGUUAAAUUAUUUGACUUCCCAUGUCCGGAAAAAUUUGCAAAGCACAAAAGGUUCUUGGGUCACUCACCCCAUGUGACAAAUAUUCGCUUUACUAAUGGUGAUCGACAUGUUAUCAGCGCUGGAGGUGAUGAUUGCAGGUCAGUAGCUUUCUUAGUCCAAGAAGAGCAGACUAUCUUUUUACUAUUUAAUAUAAAACUUCUGUAAGCUCUGGUUAAUAAACUCAGCAUUUUCUAAAGGUAGUAUAUACUUAUUGCAAAUACAAAAUAAAGAGAGUUAAUAGGAAAUACAAACUUCUGAAAAUCUAGAGAUGUAAUGAACUCCCUUACAUUUUUUUUUUCUUUCUGAUUGCAGUUUAUUUGUCUGGAAAUGUGUACAUAUGCCUCACUGAAAGAAUGGAUGUUGGGAAGACAACACAUAUUAACAGUCGUUAGAGAUCAGAAUUACAAAGAAGAAAAACAACCAAAACCAAACUGCAUGGUCAAGUGGUGCUAACUGCAGACUAACAGGGAGAGAUGCCCAGAAUCAUCAAGACUAGUAGAAGAUUGCUGAGUUCAAAACAUUUGCUAUACACACUGUCCAUAAUUCAUUCACUGCCAGAUAAUUACAUUGAAGGAAGGAUUGAAUACUUGUUGAUAAAAGCCACCCCAUUAUUAUUGAGGAGUACAAUUUUGGCAAACCUGUUGGGGAGAUGUAGGGUACAGCACUCCUCAAAAGACUACAAAAUGUAAAAACCCAACUAGGAAAAUUUUCAUCUUCCUUUUAGGAAAACUAUUUCCUUUUAACACUUCCAUUUUCUUUUCAAGAUUCAUUGUCCAAUUAAGUAUUUUAUUCUUGCAUUUCCAUUUAGAAAGGAAAAGCCAUCUCACCCUAACAGAACAGUUUUCAAAAGGCAAACAUUUUCCCUAUGGAAACAAACACAAAUUUUCCUGGAGAAUGUAUCUCAUACAUUAAUAACACCCUUUUUAUAAAGGACAUUUCUCCUUGUAGUUUGAAUUGAGGAACAAAUCCAAAGUUAGUAGUGUAUGACUUGCUAUAUUUUCACUUCUAAGCUGUCAAAUCUUUUUGUUUAAAAGCCAUCUCUAUAUUUGAAAUUUUAAGAUUAUAGCCUCAUUAUUAGGAAGGCAGUAUGAUGAACAAUUAUUUCCAGUGGUCUACAGUUUUGGAGUUUUUUUUUUUAAAGUUUUCAGAUAACAAUAGUAUUUAAGUGGAAGAAAGCACUGCAUAUUAAAGAUAUACACUAUAAACAUUUGAUUAACAUUAAAUUCACACAAACAUAUAAUUUAAUAAUUGUUGGUAUUAAACUUUUAUAGCUUUUUCUAUUGGGAAAAUUUUAGUUAGACAUAUUGCCACCCCUCCAUCAGCUAAUUUCCAAAAUAUAUGAACCUAGGUCCAUUUGAAAACUUGUCAGAAUCCCUUCUUAGUGGAUUGAGGUUGAACUUGUAAAUCCACAGUCCUUUUCACUUUAAAUGCUGCCAAAGAUCAGUAAUCACUGUUCAGGAAUUUGCUGUUUUAGUCUAUCUACCGAUUCUUGAAGACUGAAAAUUAAAUAGAGUGCUGUUUAAAAAUAUAUUUUUCUAAAUGUAAAGAAGUUAAAGAUGUACUACUGGUCCUAUAAAUUUUUAAUUUACUGUUAUUUUAUCUUUUAUAGUAUAAUAAGUAAUAGAAACCCUUAGAUUUCUGGGAUUCCUAGUUUAGUUUGGUAAUACAUAAUGAAGAUUCCCAAUAUCUAUUUUCUGUGGCCAACACUGGGAAUACUAAAAUGACUAAAUUACAUCAAAGAAAGCCUCAUCAGUGAUUGAACCUGGUCAGUUUUAAAAGUGAAAUAGCUGCCUCUCAAGGGUUGAAUUAGGGAUUAAAGAAACUUGACACAUAAACUAUAUUCUGUCAUUAUUCACAAUAAAAGAUUGUCUUAGCUGGGUGUAGUAGCACAUAUCUGUAAAUCCCAGUGAUUUGGGAGGAUGAGGCAGGAGGAUUGCAAGUUUUGAGGUCAGCUUC